AUGUCUUCAAGAGAGUACCCAGCCUGGUUCGGGCGGAUACAAGGUCUGAUGCAAGACCGCAUAGCACGUGGUCAGGGAGACAGAUACGGUGAUGAUCCCGAGUAUCCGUUCGAGCCCCAAGACUUUGACGAGGAUCUUUCUGAUUGUUCCAAUGAUAGUGAGGAAUCGUGCUUCCCGGAGAAAGGCUGCAAGUACGACAAAUACGACAAUUGCUCCGCACAUGACGCCGACGACCAAAGCUCAGAAUCAUCUGGACUGAGCGACUUCUCAAACGCCUCAACCACGGAGCUCAUGUAUUAUGCAAUGAAGGAAGAUCGAGAAGAUCGCAAGAUUGAGUUGAAGAAACAGAGGACACUGCUAUUAUGCGACGUGCCCAACAAGAUACAUCGAAUUCGACGCCCUGAGGAUUAUGACCCAUGGCUGAACUAUUCAGGCCGAAGAGGCCCAGUGGAAGGCCAUGUUUACUUGUAUCCCAGCACAAAGUUCCACAAGCUCAAAGCAGAUGGAGGUCGUCGAACAAUAGAUGUUCAGUUUUUUCAUGAUCACUUCUUGAUUCUCAAGAUUCAUCGUGAUCUCGUCUUUUCGAACCAGGGAAUAGAGCCACCGAAAGAGGCGCCGGAAAUCUUUACGUAUUAUGGUAUUGCUGAAGGCUACAAGCCCCCAGGUGAUCGGAGGAAGGAGAAGGCUAAGCGACGUCUCUCGGCAUCUCCUCAGUGA